CUGGAGUCUGUGACAACAAAUAAAUAUUUUAAAAUGUCCUAAAUCGUUUGUAAUGACUUAACAUUAUAUUCGUAACUAGUGAAGUAUUGUCGGUAGUUUGUUCUAGUGUCGUUUUAAACGAGCGUACUAUACAUUUUACUCAAUAAUUCGGGUUUGUGUUGCGUCAAAUGACGUCAUGCAUGUGAAUGUGAUUAUACACGUAUCACUGGCGAGUUCAUAGCGCACAAUGCAUGAGCAAGAGGGCGAAGGGGAGCCGGCGCACCACGCGCGGCGGCCCAUGAACGCCUUCCUCAUCUUCUGCAAGCGGCACCGCAGCGUCGUGCGGGACCGCUACCCCAACUUGGAGAACAGAUCCAUAACAAAAAUUCUAGGCGAAUGGUGGGCUAAUUUGGACAAGGAAGAGAAAUCUUGCUACACGAGUCUUGCUAAACAGUAUAAAGACGCAUUCUUCAGCGCCAACCCUGACUUCAAGUGGUACAAGUUGCCCGCGCCCCCGCUGCGCACGCUCUCCUCGCGGCCGCGCGACGCCGAUAAGUCUGCCGAGUCCUCCGGCGACUGCCACGACCACGAUCUCGAGAAGACCAACAAUAACUCCACAAAAGUAGAUCUAAACAAGAAGCCCGACGACGAUGCCUUUGACAACGACACCAAGCCAUUGUCGAUGUUCACGCCCGGAAAACUCGCAGACGAAGCCCAGAUGGGGGGCCUCAGCAGCCUCCUGGCCACUAAGACUGAAAUACAAACCCCCAACCCCUACUACUCACCCCCCUCUUUUAAGUUUAGCGCGAUCUCAGCACCCAUGGAAGACCGAUCUCAACACAUACUGCAGCGGGUCAAUAUGAAAUGCAAUAGAGAUGACGAACUGCAAGACGCCCUCUCUGAAACCACCAGGAUAUUUGAGGAGGAUUUCGAUGAGAAAGGACGAAUAUACCGGUACGGUGUCCAGAACGAUCAAUUCACAAACCAGGACGUCAUCAAUAAAAUCGUCGACAAGAGGUAUUCCACCGAGGAAGGGUAUCAAAGGAAUUGUUCCGACGACGAGAAAUCCAAAUCCGGGAGAACUUGCAAAGGCAAGCGAUACCAGGAAUUCAUGGCCGUCGGGGGACUGAUAGUUAAUAAGCGACCGAGACGAGACUAUGCCGACAAAACGCCAGACGAAAGCUACAGCGCGUCCUGCAGCUGGGAUCCUGGCAACUCCUACGAGGAAUCUUACGUCGACGACUUGAAACCGAACUUCGUAAACGAGGUCGUCAUAAAAGACGAAGUCAAAUACGAACCCGCCGACGCCGUCGAGCCGGACAAUAACUCCAGCAAAACAUUCAAGGCCGCCGACUUCGACUUGGACGCCAAGAUAAGAGCGCUGCCCUCCCUCAGCUUAGAGAAGUUCCUUCAGAAGAAGCGCGAGAACAAACGCAAAAAGAAAACUAUCAACCUGAAGCCGAAGGCGCUCGAGACGGCGCAGAUCAUAAACUCGGUGCCGCGGCCGCCGUCCGACGAGCGGCGGGACAUGGCGGAGAGGUGGCGCGAGCACGUCAUCGGCAGCCAGAAGCGCAAGCCGAGGAAGAUCAGCAUCACGAGGCUGGAGGUGAACAGCAUGGUGUCGUACGACACGACCGGCGCCGCCGAGACCAGCCCCGAGAUGAAGCUGGCGACGGAGGCGCCGUGCGGCGUGAUGGCCGCCAUGGAGGCGUGCGGGCAGGCGCACCACAGCGCCGGCCUCCUCGCACUCGCCACGCUGGCUGAGGUCGCCGCCAACACCUCCAAGAUAGAAGACCCCGCCCCGGCCCCCGCCUCGGCCCCGGCCCCGGCCUCCGCCCCCGCCCCCGCCCCCGCCCCCGCCCCGCUCUCGGCCCCGGCACGCAGCGACCGCGCUUCCGAGGUAUAA